ACACAGACUGUAGACACACACACACACACACACAGACACACACACACACACACACAGAGAGAGAAGCUGUGGUGUUUGCUGUGUUAUUUUCUUGGGGUCACGGCGUGGGUUAAUAGACUGUUUGAGGUAUGUGAGCAGUGGAUAAGUGAGCCGGCCUCUUCUCUCUUUAAAGCAGCGACAGGAAGUGAUGCACCUUGAACCAGCGUGUUUAACAACGCCACCCUGCUGUUUGUCUUCGCCCGGGUUUUGAAAGUUUAACAUGACGUGACGGUGACGCAGCAUGUUGAUGUUUCACUGGAUUAUAUUUUUGUUGUUUUGUCUUUUCUUCACAGAUAUUUGCAAUGGUCCUCUGGUGUCGGCGUUACCGCAGUCCUCCUUCCAGAGCUCCUCCCAGUCCUCGGCCAGUUACGCUGCUUUCAACGCCAAGCUCAACAGACGGGACGGAGCAGGAGGCUGGUCUCCCAUGGUGACGGACCAGGAGCCCUGGAUCCAGGUGGACCUCAGGGAGCAGAUGGAGGUCACGGCGGUGGCCACACAGGGACGCUAUGACAGCUGGGAUUGGGUCAGCAGUUAUCAGCUGCUCUACAGUGACACGGGCCGAGCCUGGAAACAGUACAGACAUGAGGAUGGCGUGGGGAGAUUUGUGGGGAACGUGAAUUCAGAGGGCGUCGUCCAGAACAAACUGUCCAACCCAGUGAGGACGCGCUUCCUGCGUUUCGUCCCGCUCGACUGGAACCCAAGCGGCUGGAUGGGACUCAGAGUGGAGGUGUUCGGCUGCUCCUACAAGUCCUAUGUCGCUGACUUCGAUGGCAGAAGCUCGUUGCUGUAUCGGUUCAACCAGAAGUCGAUGUCGACGGUGAAGGACGUGAUCUCACUGCGCUUUAAGAGUCAUCAGGCUGAAGGUGUUCUCCUGCACGGGGAGGGCCAGAGAGGAGACUACAUCACCCUGGAGCUUCAUCGAGGACGACUCGACCUCUACCUCAACUUAGACGACAACAGGCCGAGGUUCAGCAGCAGUCGUGUGGCGGUCACCGUGGGCAGUCUGCUGGACGACCAGCACUGGCACGCCGUCCACGUGGAGCGCUUUAACAAGCAGGUUAACGUCAGCGUGGACGCCCACACGCAGCACUUCCACGCCAGAGGAGACGGACAAUCGCUGGAGGUCGACUACGAGCUGAGUUUCGGAGGCAUCCCACUGCCUGGUAAACCCGGCACCUUUCUGAGGAAGAACUUCCACGGCUGCAUGGAAAACCUCUACUACAAUGGAAUCAAUAUUAUCGACCUGGCCAAGAGACGCAAGCCUCAGAUCCACAGCGUGGGCAAUGUGACCUUCUCGUGCUCGCAGCCCCAGCUGGUGGCCUGCACCUUCCUGAGCUCCAGCAGCAGCUUCCUGUCGCUGCCAUCAGCAGCGUCUGCCACUGGGGGUUUCUCCGCCCGCCUCCAGUUCAGAACGUGGAACCCAGACGGACUGCUGCUCUCCGUGCAGCUGGAGCCAGAGCCCCAGAGACUGGUGCUGCAGAUCAGCAACAGCCGGCUGCAUCUGACCCUCCACGGCUCAGGACGGCAGAAAUCAGAGGUCUCUGCUGGUCACAGAGUGAACGACGGUCUGUGGCACGCCGUCAACCUCAGCGUGAAGAAUCUGCAAAUCAGUGUGAGCGUGGACGGAGAGCCGCCGUCCACCAUCGAGCUGUGGGAGGAGCUAGAGACGAGAGGCAACGUCUACAUCGGAGGCUGUCCCUCCACUUCCUGUCAGCGUCUGACUCCGGCCUUCCAGGGGUGCAUGCGGCUCGUUUCCAUCAACAGCCAGCCGCUGAAUCUCAGCCAUGUGCAGCAAGGGCUGCUGGGAAGUUAUAACGAGCUGCAGUUUGACACCUGCAGUAUAAGAGACAGAUGUCUUCCUAACCUGUGUGAGCACGCCGCCCGCUGCUCUCAGACGUGGAGCGCCUUCUCCUGCGACUGCUCGGGGACGGGAUACUCCGGAGCCACCUGUCAUAACUGUGAGCGCCGCAAAGCCGCCAUUACACCCGGCAUGCCGCCACACUUAUUCCAGGUCAACUGAGCCGUGUCAUCUGGCUCAACACACAGACACACACACACAGAGAGACACACACACACACACACACAGACACACACAGACACACACACACACACACACACACACACACACACAGACACACACACACACACACACACACACACACACACACACACACACACACACACAGACACACACACACACACACACACAGACACACACACACACACACACACACAGACACACACAGACACACACACACACACACACACAC